GCCUACAUACUACCAAAUUUCAAUGCGUUAGUUUCUUUAUCAUCUUUUUCCCUCUCACUACCCUAACGCAGCCGACAUACUUUGGAAAACCCGACCCAACAAAAAUAUUCGGUCCCUAACUCACCUCUGAAGCCGCUCCAUUCCCAGAUAUUGUAAUUCACUGCUUUCAAAAGCAUCAAAAUGUCAACUGGCCCUGGGCUCGAGUCUCUUGUAGAUCAGACUAUCUCGGUCAUUACCAAUGAUGGACGUAACAUAGUGGGAGUUUUAAAAGGCUUUGAUCAGGCUACAAAUAUCAUUCUCGAUGAAUCUCAUGAACGCGUAUACUCCACCAAGGAAGGUGUUCAGCAACUUGUGUUGGGCUUGUACAUAAUAAGAGGUGACAACAUAAGUGUUGUUGGUGAACUGGAUGAAGAGCUGGAUUCUGCACUCGACUUGUCGAACCUGAGAGCACAUCCUUUGAAGCCAGUUAUCCAUUGAUUGAACUGAUAAAAGUUGUAGAGUUAUUUUUAAGGACAGCUUGUUGGAUUGAAUACCUUAAAAGAACCAAAGUGUAAUGAAUGAUAAUAUCAAUGUGUAUUAAGUUUUGGAUGCA